AUGUCAUAUUACAAUGGAGCCGCCGCGGCGAGUGAAUCAACAGCGGAUAUGGCUAUCUUUCAUAUCAUUUCGGUCUUUCGGAAUAUGCAGUGGUCCAUUGAGGGCGCACUUUCAGUUGAUCCAAAUCGAUGGAGAAAUGCGCAUGAAAAUGUGGCUCGCAAGGCAUACAAUCCGUCCGGACAGACGCUCGGGAUCAUCGGACUGGGCCAUGUCGGAUCCACCAUUGCGCGAAAAGCAUUCGGUUGUUUCAACAUCAAGAUCUAUUAUCACGACAUAAAGCGCAAGAAACCAAAGGACGAACAAGCCUUGAAAGUCGAAUUCUGUGAAAAGCUAGAAGAUAUGCUUGGACUUGCAGAUUGCGUUGUCGUGGCCACACCGGCCCUUCCAGUAUCGAUCAUCACCAAGGCAGCAUUAUGGCGAUUCAAAAAGGGGAGUAGGCUGGUGAACAUUGGCCAAGGAUCGCUAGUAGACGAAGACGCGCUUGUUGUCGCGUUUGAGGCUGGUCACCUUUCGGCUGCGGGGUUAGACGUCCAUGGCAAUGAGCCCUAUGUUCAUCCGAAGCUAGCGGUGAUGCGCAGCGUGACGUUGACUUCGCACACCGGAGAGGGGACGAUUGAGACUGAGAUCGGAUUUGAGAGGUUGACCAUGGAGAACAUUCAACGACACUUCAAUCCUAAGCCUAUGAAGUCGCUUUUGAACUAG